AUGGCUUCCGCAGGCGACUCCGGUCUCAUUCCCAUACCAGAUGCCCCGCCGGCGACCGUCCCACAAUCACAUAACCAGCCGCCAGACAAGGACGAUGUCGACACUUGUCGCAUAUGUCGGGGCGAGAGCACGCCGGACGAGCCGCUGUUCUACCCGUGCAAGUGUAGCGGCAGCAUCAAAUAUGUGCAUCAGGAAUGUCUCAUGGAGUGGCUAUCCCACUCGCAAAAGAAAUAUUGCGAGCUGUGCAAGACGUCCUUCCGCUUCACCAAGCUGUACCACCCCGGCAUGCCAAACACCAUACCCACCUCCGUCUUCCUCCGCCGCGCCGCCGUCCACAUACUCAAGCUGUUCAUGACAUGGUGUCGCGCUGUACUGGUGGCCUCGGUCUGGCUGAUUCUGCUGCCCUGGUGCAUGCGCGUUGUCUGGCGGAGUCUCUUCUGGGUCGGUGACGGAGGAUGGAACCGUGACGACUAUAUCGAGCUCCGCAGCUUAGAGAACGGGACUUCACCGUCCUCCGUGUACGACCUGAAUGCUCUCCAUUCUGCCUACAAAGCAGCCCAAGCUGCAAAUCAGACUCAAGACACCCCCAUCCCGAGCCUGCUCAUGCCAUUUUCGCACACGCUGAACACGAGUGCUGGCGAGCCAGGCAUCUGGACAUUUGCCAAACGCUUCCUUUGGGGCUUCAUCACUCCGCUGCACACACUGGCGCCUCCACCAGCCUUGAAUAGAACCGAGCUGAAUGCUACCGCAGACCAUCUGGGUCCACGCAAUCCAUCCCUCCUUUCUGACGUUUCUUUCUUCAACUGGUUCCCUUCACAAGCGGCGAAUGGUUUCUUGGUCGACGUGCUCGAGGGCCAGAUCAUCACCCUCGCUGUUGUAGUUGUAUUCAUCUUGAUAUUCCUAAUACGCGAAUGGGUUGUACAACAGCAACCUGUCAUCAACAUGGUAGCGCUGAACGGCGAUGCAGCCGCCGCAGCUGCGGAGCAAGAGGCUCAACAUCAUGAGGACGUUGUGGAAGAUGAAGCUGCUCUCAGAGAGGAACAUGCCCACGAGGGUGGCGAUGCGGACGAUGCAGGAGACGCAGAAGGAGGCGAAGAGGACAGAACACCCACACGACCGAUAAUUAGAGGACCAAGUUUCGAUUGCGCAGAGAAGCUAGAGAGCGAACUUCCAGAAGGCCGAGCUAUCUUGGAAGCUUGGCAUGAAAGGGGUGAACCUCCGGAAGAGAUGAUAAUAAAAGCUUUCGAAGACGGGUCGUUCCAGCUGUCAGAAGAUUGGGAUUACUUCCUCGACGAACUGCCCGGCGGUAUAGAAGAAAAGCUGGAGCAAAUUCAGCAGCGCCGGGAAGAUGAAGCACGUGUUACUCGAGGACGGAGUCUCCCUGCGCGCUCAAGUAGUCUGGCGUACCGUACCCACGAGACGCCUUCAGCGGCACGUACGGGGUCGGCCUCGCCGUCCAAGAGACCGCACAUGCCAGUUCGAGGUCGUUCAUCCCUUGCUACUGAUGUCAAACGGCGCAUGGAAGAGGAUAGUUCAUGGUCAUUUGCGAAUGUACCAGAGGCGGCAGGGGACAACUCGCGGAAUUCUGAUGCUACGGUUCCCAACAAGUGGGAUGAUGAAGUGGCGGGCUCAUCGCUGGCUGAUCAAGAACAAGGCAGCGACCAUAGCAGCGAAAGCUGGCAACAGGUCCCAGAUAUUGUUGUCGAAGGUAGCGACCAGGAUUCCACAGGUAAAGGCAAAGGCAAAGGCAAAGAUGUCGGCAACGACCACGGCCCAUCUCCUAUUGCAAGGUCAGGGCCCUCAAUGUCUACAGAAGGCGACACAUUCGGACCCUCGGAAGUCGUCGAUGAGGCGUCGAACAUGUCUACGUGCGGUUCGGACUCUUACAGAAAUGGUGUGGACACCGAUGCAGAGGACUCUGCGGUCGAUGUUCCACCACAAUUACCACAGGAACAGCAUCAGGAGAAUGACGUUGCGCGCGAAGCGCAACCUGAGCCAGCUCCUGGAGGUGAUGUGCAGCCACCUCGCCGCACUUUGGACCGUAUCCUGGACUGGAUGUUCGACGGCGUCGCACCUGGUGUGCAAGCAGCAGAGGACGGUGCCGAUGAUGCGCACAUCGUACGCAACAUAGCUGAUGAGGCGCCUUUUGUGCCUUUUGCAGGUAACGAGCCGCGCGAAGUAGCGAACCAACCAAUCCAAGAUCCUGAAGUUGCGGCAGCAGCUGCGCAAGCUGGUAUCGACGUCAACGACCAGGAUGCUAUCGACGAUGCUGAAGACUUGGAGGGUAUCCUGGAACUCAUUGGCAUGCAAGGCCCUCUAACCGGCCUGUUCCAGAAUGCCAUGUUUAGUGCUGUUCUGAUCUCUGCGACUCUAGCCUGCGCUGUCUGGCUUCCUUACUUGUGGGGUAAGGUGGUCAUUUUAUUCAUGGGCAGCCCAGUUGCACUCUUCGUCAAACUCCCGUUGCAGAUCAUAGCGACAUUGGCAGAUCUCCUUGUCGACAGCUUUGUGUUCCUAGCCGCUGUUAUGGUAUCAGGUGUGCUGGAGGUCAUGUCGCGCUGCGUCCAACUGGCCAGUCAGGGCACCAUGGAUCGUCCAUUUGAACUCGCCUUCGAACAGGCAAAGUCGAUUUCAGCCAACGCAGCACUUCGUCUUUGGAAACUUGUUGAAACCUCGCCGCUGUUCCCGCCACCGACCUAUUUCCGGUUAUCAAUCCAUUCGCAUGAGGCUUUACGCACGAUUCAGAACACCACGUCCUAUACGCUGAACCAAACGAGCAAUAUGGUAACCGUAUUCUUAGAAGAUGCCGCACAGAACAGGUCUUCCUCAAUCAUUUUCGCAACCCUUCGCCUACUUCCAGAAGCCAUUAAAGCAUCCUUCACGACACUGUACACCAAAGUCGCCUCAGUUGCAUCAUGGCUAUUGGCUACCAAAACGUACAAGAUCACCUUCGACCUCGAUUUUGGCAGCGAUAUUAGCCCCUUUUCUGCAGCCGAGGCUCAAUGGACAGCAACUGAUCGCUUGAUUGCAGUCCUCGCUGGCUAUGCCUUCUUCGCGUUAGCCGGUGCUGUCUAUCUCAAGCGCGGCGGUUUCUUCAGCAGUUCUUCUCAAGGCAUGAAGAUCGAGCGGAUCAUCACCGAGAUUCUUCAGCAAGCGGGUGGUGUACUGAAGGUGAUCUUAAUCAUCUCCAUUGAGAUGUUGGUCUUCCCCCUCUACUGUGGCCUUCUUCUCGACAUGGCACUCUUACCCCUCUUCAAAGACGCAAACCUCUACACUCGUUGGCAGUUCACGCGCGGCAGCCCAUGGACAUCAGGAUUCGUACACUGGUUCAUUGGCACAUGCUACAUGUUCCAUUUUGCUCUGUUCGUCUCCAUGUGCCGUAAGAUCAUGCGCCGAGGCGUGCUCUACUUCAUCCGCGACCCUGACGACCCACAAUUCCAUCCUGUGCGCGAUGUGCUCGAACGCAGUGUUACCACACAACUUCGGAAGAUUGCGUUCAGCGGUUUAGUGUACGGAGCCCUGGUCAUAGUCUGCCUCGGCGGCGUAGUAUGGACUCUCAACCGCCUCACCACCGGCGUGCUGCCUAUCCACUGGGUGUCCCACGCGCCAUCACUGGAGCUCCCGCUCGAUCUCUUGUUCUACAACUUCCUUACUCCUGUCAUCAUCAAGCUGUACAAACCGAGUGACGCCCUACAAACAAUCUCAGGAUGGUGGUUUAAGCUCUGUGCGCGCUUCCUCCGCCUCUCCAACUUCCUCUUCGGCGAAAGAGCCAAAGACCAAGAAGGCCGCAAAGUCGCCGGCGAGUUCGUCUUCGAAGGCCGCUACGUCCGCGCCCCCGCCUCAGACCAAGUCCGCAUUCCCAAGGGCGACCCCGUCUUCGUCGACGUCGACGCAGAUAACGUGCGCAAAGAUGGUCUCCAGGACGCCGGCGGCGUACACAAUUCUAAUCUCGUAGCUAAAGUGUACAUUCCCCCGUGGUUCCGCCUGCGCAUCGGCAUCUUCGUCUUCACGAUCUGGAUCUUUGCAGCCGUGGCGGGCGUGAGUGCGACUAUCAUCCCGCUGCUCUUCGGUCGCUACUUGUUCUCACUGUUGCUGCCUGCGACCGUCGAAAUGAACGACAUCCACUCCUUCAGCCUCGGCCUCUACACCCUUGGUUCUCUCGCCUACUCCCUCUACCACCUCCACGCCUUCCUCACCUCCAUCGACCGCCCCGCCGCCAGCGCCCUCGCCACCCUCGCUGCGACUGCGAGCCGCGCCGCCCUCCGUGCGUUACGCUUCGCUUACGUAUGGGGUGGCCUCAUCCUUCUCAUCCCCUUCCUCUUCGCUGUCCUGAUAGAAUUCUACGGCCUGAUUCCCCUGCACGCGUAUCUCGGCCCCAAGGAACCGCACGUCGUGCAUCUAAUCCAGGACUGGACGCUGGGCUUCCUGUACGCGAGGCUAGUCGCGAGACUUACCUUUGCGGACCGCGCGAGCCGUCCUGCCCGCGCUUUCGCAGCUGUUAUUCGCGAUGGGUAUCUCAACCCCAAUGCGCAGAUCGCUACGCGGUGCUUCCUCCUGCCUGCGCUUGCGCUCUUCGUGGUCUCGAUUAUCGUGCCGUCUGCUGUUGCUAUCACACUCAAUUACACGCUUUUGCUCGGCGCCAACGAGAUGAGCAGGACGUUGGUGUGGCGGUUUGCGUUUCCGAGUACGGGGGCGGUGGUGGGCAUGGCGUGGGCGGGGAGGAGGGCAUCGAGUGCGCGAGGAGAUGGAGGGGUGUUGUGA